AUGUUGCGCCCCGCGACGCCUCUGGCGAUCAUGUCCUUUGCGGCCUUUGUCUUGCUCCUACUGUCUGUCUUGUCCACGCCCAUCAUCCAUGCUAUACCUCUAGGCACCUAUGAGGGUGUCGACUUUGGAGUUUUCGGAUUCUGCGAAGGCGAUGAUUGCAGUCCUAUAGAAAUUGGUUAUGAUACAGGAGCCAAAUUUUCGAGUACGCAAUCUGCUACAUUCGAUCUUCCUAAUUCAGCAAGAACGACUCUGUCAGCCAUCUUGAUUGUGCAUCCUGUUGCAUGUCUCUUCAGUUUGAUCAUGCUGGGAAUGGCCGUGGCUGCUCAUUGGCAUGGCCCGUCGCACUCAUCCCGAUACUUACUUGUCGUCUCCAUCUUUGGCAUCCUUACCGUUGUGGUAUGUCUGCUUGCCUUCUUGAUUGAUGUUCUUCUAUUCGUGCCUCAUAUGGCUUGGGGCUCUUACAUUGUCUGUGCUGCAAUGGUCCUCACUUUCCUUAGCGGAAUUGUGUCUUGCGCUAUGCGUCGUACGGUUGUCAGCAGAAAAGCGAGAAAGAAGCGCAUUGCUGAAAACGCCGAGAUGAGUGGAGAGAACUACUAUAACAGGACCGGUCAACAAAACGCCACAGCUGAUGUUGCUUCAACCAUGUCACCUACCGUACCUGUUCUUAGUGGCGCCAAUGGACCAGCUGAUAACAAGCUCCCAACAUUUGCAACUUAUGAGGCAAAGAAGGAUGAUCGCAGCAGUGAUGAACGGGUACCUCUGACUUCUACGACCCCUUCACAAAGGUCUCCAAAUGGCGGUUUUGCCUCCACAGAAGGCACAUAUGUCGACCGCAACAACUCCACACCAUCAGUGCGCAGGGAUCAGUAUGGAAACCCAAUCCAGACACCGCAGGAUGCCUAUGGUGUUGCUCGUGGCCCAUCGGCAGACCGUAUGAACUCGCGUGGGCGAGGAGGUCCUUAUCGCGGACGUGGUGGCUACAGCAGAGGCGGAGGUUACGGCCCCAACAAUGGCCCUCCGCCGCCGGGUUCUCGAGGUGGAUACGGUCCUGGACCUGGACCACGAGGAAGGGGAGGCUACGGUCCGCCGCGGGGUGCUUAUGGACCGAAUGGUGCACGUGGCGGACGGGCUCCGCCUCCUGGUUAUGGGAAUGCUAGUGGUUAUGAUCGUCGACCUCCUGGGCCAAACAUGUACGGUGCAUACGACCAAGCCAGAGAUGCCUCACCUGGCCCUCAAGGUGCGGCGUAUGACGCGAACCCAUCCAUGCCAAGCGUAUCAACGGGCACCACGGGAACAUCAGGGUCAUAUCAAGCAUAUAACCCGAACCGAAUUAGCGAAUAUCCCAGAGCAGAGUCCCCUCCUCCGCUGCCAGGGAUGGAGGAAACGGAUGCACCUCCUGCUGUAGGACAAGCAGUCGAGAUGAACGCCACGACGGGCAGUCCUGCUCAUCCACCACAAGGCUUUGGCCAAUUCCCAAACCAACAAAUUAGGGACAGUGAUGCCGAUGUGGCCGGUAUGCUGGCUUUACAGCAAGCGAGGGUAAACACCCCUCGGCGGCAUGAUACUUACAUGACCGCGAGCAGCAGGUACAGCCAAGAUGAGAACGCAUACGUCCCUGCUCGACAAGCAUGGGCUCAAGGCCCAGGUCGAAACUCGCCAAGAAUGCCUUCACCAUUGCACAUCCCUCAAAGACCCGCAGACAUGCCAGCAACUACGGGGGCACCACAGCCUUCCACUGCUGCUGCUGCUGCUGGAGGUGCUUACUAUGAGGAUGUUGACCCUCGCUUUGCAGAACCGGCUGCGGUUCCAAGAGCGGACCCCAACACCUAUGAAGAGCUCACUCCAGCAGGCGCAAGGAGUCCGGCCAUCUCAGAGCACUCGACUUUCACCUCGGUCUCGCAAAGAGGUGUCAACCCUCGGUGGAAGCCGGGCCCAGGCGCCCCAGGUCAGCAGAUUCCCCGGAGACCGGUCAAUCGGAAUGAAGUGAAUAUUCUUAAUAGCAAUCCGGACUUCCAAUUGCCAGGCGGCCGUGGAGCUGGCGGAGGAAGAGGAGGCAUGGGCAAUGGUGCUUACCCAGGACUAUAA